ACCAGAGAUGCAAUUUAAGACAGAGACAUAUACAAGGAGAUUGGAAACGACCUGAGAAUUUCCUUUGUUCUUCCAUUCCGGCAAUUCGUUGAGUGUGCAUGCUUUUGAUAUGCAAAUCCAGUCAACCAAACACUGUUGCAUCCAAGCGAAUGCUUACAUGCGCAUGCUCAGUUUAUAAUCACUGAGCCAUGUCAAUGAAAAGAACUACCGAAUAGGCUUGCCUGACAUCGUAGCCGAACUUGUUUGCAGCCGAAACGGCCUGCCCGUAGGCCUAUAAUGGCUAGGCCACAAUAUAUGAAUUUGGCUGCAUAUUUACCAAAGACCUUAAAUGGCAUGUUGCUUGUGGUGACGUUAUAUGGCUCUCUCUGUGUUGUUGUACUUCUAUCUGUAACAAUUUACUCAUCUCAAGUUGCCGUCCCAUGUAACGACGGUCGAUGUCUUCAUAGUCAACAUUUGUUUGUGAAGCAACUGACUGUCGAUUCACUGAAUCAACUUGAUUAUGUUAAUGCAAGUCAGGCCACUGAUGCCAUGGUAACUAAUGAGGAGCAGAGUGGAUACGUUGCUUUGCCAGGCUUAGAGCCACUGUCUCUUCAUUGUUCUGAAUGUUCAUUUGUAACCAGCUCAGGACGGUUAAAAGGAGAAGGGGCAGGUAAGGAGAUAGAUGAAGCAUCAUGCGUAAUACGUAUGAAUGCAGCCCCGAUAGACGGCUACGAGGACGAUGUUGGUAGAAAAACUACUUUCCGAAUCAUAGGGCACCGUAAUUUUCCUCGGAUGUUGAACUCUGAGGCUAGGAGAAAAUACCACUUAAUCAACAGUACAACCAAAGCUGAUAAUAUAGUUGUUGUGUGGCUGUAUGCUGUGGACUUUAAUCCUAAAAGGAACCCAGCAAGAAGAUGGGCAGCAGCCAUGGCUAAGAAAUACCGUGAUACAAAUUUUUACAUGGCAAACUACAAAACUAUGCUACAGAAUGAAGAAAUCUUCCAAGCAGAACUUGGUAUUUCCAGAAAAGAAACCAACACAUGGUUAACCACUGGUUGGAAUAGUAUGCUAUUUGCACUUGAUGUCUGUAAGAAAGUAACGGUUUAUGGAAUGAUAUAUGAGGAUUUCUGCAAAGAGCACCCAAAUGAUAACAAGUACUACCACUAUUUUGAUAAGGUUCAACGGGAAUGUAAGUAUUACUCAGUUAGUGAAAACAAACUACGUACAGGACAUAAAUUUGUAACCGAGAAGGCAGUUUUUGCACGAUGGUCUGAAACUCACAAUAUAACUUUUAAAUAUCCAUCGUGGGAAAAUGUAACAACCAAAGGCAAAAGUUUAGACACACCAUUUUUGAAAAAAUGGCAUGCUUAUAAACAAUGUUUGCAUGACAACAUGAAUGAAACUGUUGGUACAUACAGUUGUGAUGAAAAGAAAAGUGAAGUAAAGAGUACAAACAAUCGGACGUCAAAUUCAACAACAGAUUAUGUAGAAACUGUGAUCAAGAAAGAUGAUGGUACCAUAGUGAGACAAAGAGUUUAUCAAAUUGCUCCAAAUAAGAAAAAGAUAGUGAAGAUAAUUAGUAAGAAACGACAAUAACAAGGGUGCUAUUUUGUUGAAAUUCUUUGUGCAUUAACAAGAAACGAGUUUUGUUCAUUAUUACGAUAAUGGAUUUUCAAGCAUAAAAAAAUACAUGCAGUUCAAGUAAUUUAAAGUGAGUCAGCUAAAGUCUAGCGAAGGCAGCAAAAGUCUGUAGAACAAAGAGCUAACAAAUAUAAAGUAUUUAUGAAACAGGAAACAGGUUUAAAAAAGUUGACUGAAAAUUAAAAAUAAACAUUUCAUGAUAUUAACUAUUUAUGAAAACUUAUCAAUAUAUUACAAACAAAAGUCAAUCAUUUAACCAAUUAAUAAAUCUAAUUCUAUCUAUCAAUCUAUUAAAGCAUGAUUGAUGAUGAUGGUUUAUUAUAAAGAAAAUGUUACCUGCUACCUCAUAUACCAACAAAGAUGUUAACAAAUGAGGCAUGUUGUGGCAAAAUGGUUAAGUUGUCGCACAGUCCAGUAUUGAGUACAUGAGCUAUAAAAUAUGGGAGCUCAAAAAAUUGCCUAAAAAUCCAAAUUUGUUUUUCACUAUAGAUCA